AUGGAUGCAGCGAUCGAUCUUUCAGAUGCUUCUAAAGCUCUCGAUUUGGCUAAUAUUCGUUUUCAACUGAUCCGUCUCGAAGACACCAUAACCUUCCACCUAAUCGAACGAGUCCAAUUUCCCCUCAACCCCACCAUCUACAUCCCCUCCGCCCUCCCCCUCCCCAACACCACCCUCAGUUUCCUCGACUGGCUCCUCCGCUCCCGCGAAACCCUCGACUCCCUAAUCCGACGUUUCCAAUCCCCCGACGAAUACCCCUUCUUCCCCGACGCACUCCAACCGCCCAUCCUGCAACCCCUCCACUACCCCGCCAUCCUCCACCCCAACACCGUCAACGUCAACGCCCAGAUCAAAGACCACUACAUCCGCACCUUCCUCCCGAAAGCCUGUCUGCAAACGGGGCGUUCGGAUCGCGGCGAACGCGAAGAAAACUACGGAUCUGCUGCAACGUGCGAUAUCAACUGUUUGCAAGCGCUGUCCCGACGCAUCCACUUUGGGAAAUUCGUCGCAGAGUCCAAGUUUCGCGCCGAGCAAGAAGCAUUUACGAAAAUGAUACUUGCGGGGGAUCGAGAGGGAUUGGGCCGCGCAAUCACGAAUGAAAAGGUGGAGUUGCAGGUGCUGGAGAGAUUGAGAUUGAAGGCGCGAACGUAUGGCACGGAUCCGAGUUUGAGUAAUGGGAAUGCGGGGGGUGAGGAACCGCAGGGGAAGAUUAACGUGGAGGCGGUAGAGGGAUUAUAUAGGGAUUUCGUGAUUCCGUUGACCAAGGUGGUGGAGGUGGAGUAUUUGAUGCAGAGAUUGGAGAAGAAGGAGUAG